GGGUUAUCCAAUUAUACCAAGAUGGAAUGCUUUUCUAUGCAUACCUCUUAUCAAUAUCUAUUGCUAAUAUCCUCGUCCCCAUCCUCGCUCCGAGAAUCUUCGCAAACUGGCUUGCGACCCCACAGAGGGUAUUGCACUCUGUCCUGUGCAACCGUGUUCUUCUCCUCAUCCUUCGUCAACACUCCUCUGCAAACAUGACAACGCGUAAUCCCGUGCGUGGCGGUGAGGCCAAUCAAUCCGCCAUCUUCACUUCCUUCGUCGACGAUGAGGUCAGCACGAACCUGACGUUCAAUACUCCUACCGUUGGUAGUACGGCCGUGUCCAUGAUAUAUGUGGCCACUUCGAGGAAUAUGCCGACAUUAUCGCAGUCUCUCCAAGUACAAUCGCCUGAUGCAAGCUACGUGGAUGUCUAACUGGUACUUGGACGGUCGACCUUAGAAUGUAUGUAUGUAUCAUUUAGACUCUGGUGUAGUCGUUCCACAUGUAUCCUAUAGUAUUUCUUGCUUGCACGAAUGGUUGAUGCACCUGGGAAAAGU